AUGAAGCCUCUCGGCUGCUACCUUCUCCUCCUCCUCCUUUUUGCUCUCCAUGCAAAAACUCGAGCCCACCGCCACCUCCUCAAGAUAUCAACCAAUCCACGUCUCGAUAGCGCGCGAAGUGCCCUCCAUGCUUGGAAGAAGUCCAUUCACUCCGACCCGUCGAAUUUCACCGCCAACUGGGUCGGCCAUGAUGUUUGCUCCUACAAUGGAGUUUUCUGUGCACCUGCGCUCGAUGAUCCUUCCCAAACAGUUGUUGCCGGCGUAGACCUCAACGGUGCCGACAUCGCCGGACACCUUCCCGACGAGAUCGGCGACUUGGCCGACAUUAGCCUCCUUCACCUCAACUCCAACCGAUUUUGUGGGGUCGUGCCCGAUUCUAUCUCCAAGCUAAAGUUGUUGUAUGAGCUCGAUCUUAGCAACAAUCGCCUCGUCGGGUCCUUCCCAGAGAUCGUCCUUGGCUUACCCAAGCUUAAGUACCUCGACCUCAGGUUCAAUGACUUCGAGGGACCCUUGCCGCCAAAGUUGUUCGAAAAGCCGCUUGAUGCUAUUUUCCUCAACAACAAUAGGUUCGUAUCAAUCAUCCCAGAGAGCAUCGGCAACUCGACCGCCUCAGUGGUCGUGCUGUCGGACAACAAGCUGACGGGAUGUAUCCCGAGCAGUAUAGGGAACAUGGCAGGAAAGUUAGACGAGUUGAUCGUGUCGGGGAACAAGCUCUCCGGAUGCCUUCCGGAGGAGAUCACACUACUUAACACGACCACGGUGUUCGACAUCAGUGCAAAUGAUCUCGUUGGGGACUUGCCGCAGGGCAUGGAGUACAUGCAGGGCGUGGAGGUCCUUAACAUUGCUAAGAACAAAUUCAGAAGCGACGUACCGGACACAGUAUGCACACUACCGAGCCUCAAGAACUUUACCUUCUCGUACAACUAUUUUGAUGCCAGAGACGAGGCUUGCUACCCCAAGGCGGUGACGGGGCUUGUGAUUGUUGAUAAAGAAAAUUGUUUUGCACAAGAGAAGAAACAGAGAUCCGAGAAAGAAUGCAAGAAAGUACUAAGCGAAAAGGUGGAUUGUGAGGCCACCGGAUGCAGAUCCCCCAUGGAUGGUGGAGCGCCGAAGCCUAAGCCUCCAAAGAAAGGAUCUCCACCAAAGCCAGAGCCCAACCCAAAUGCACCAAAUUCUAAGCCAGGUCAGGCGCCCAAACCUGCACCACAUCCAUAUAAGCCUUCUCCUUCACCUAAACAAACACCAAAGACAUCGGCACCCGCUCCCGAGCAAGUGAUUGUUUCCCCUCCAACUAAUAGUGGGAUACACAAGUCGCCUCCGCCACAACUUGCCUUACCAACACCAGUAUAUUCUCCUCCGCCUCCACCAGCCGCCCCUAUUUUCUCUCCCCCACCACAUAUCUAUUCCCAACCACCACCAUUGGUCCAAUCACCACCACCUCCACCGCCAGUCAACUCUCCACCGCCGCCAGUCCAAUCUCCACCACCUCCACCACCGCCAAAAUCAUCACCACCCGUCAACUCUCCACCACCGACAGUUCACUCAUCACCGCCCCUCAACUCUCCACCGCCAGUCCAAUCACCACCGCCCGUCAACUCUACACCACAACCAGUCCAAUCAUCACCACCGGUCAACUCUCCACAGCCAAUCCAAUCACCACGACCCGUCAACUCUCCCCCACCGCUAGUCCAAUCACCACCCCUCAUCAACUCUCCACCACCUACAUUCCAAUCACCACCACGCGUCAACACUCCACCACCAGUCCAAUCACCACCACCCGUCAACUCUCCACCAUGGUCGGCCCAAUCACCACCACCCAUCAACUCUCCACCAUCGUCGGUCCAAUCACCACCACCAGUCAACUCUCCACCGCCGCCAUUCCAGUCACCACCACCGCCAGUCAAGUCACCACCGCCGCCAGUACCCGUAAACUCUCCACCGCCGCCAGUACAAUCACCCCCGCCACCGCUCAUCCACUCUCCGCCACCACCGGUACAAUCACCUCCCCCACCACACCACUCUCCACCACCACCAGUCUAUUCUCCACCGCCGCCAGAGCAACCACCUAAUAGUCAACCACAUGGCCACUCUUCACCCCCACCAUCAACUUCACAGCCUCCACUAGUUGUCUCUCCACCUCCACCGGCCUUUUCGACUCCUCCUUCGCCGGUUAAUUCCCCACCGCCGCCACCUCAUGUGAUAUACCCACCAGUGAGAAUCCCGGGGCCGUUGGGCGCCAGUUACAAAUCCCCGCCACCUCCGGCCAUCCCAGGCUACUAA